GUUCAGAAUUUGACUGCCACUGUUCAAGCAGUCCAAACUAUCCUUGCACCUCCAUCGACGAUAUCACAGCCUACUCAGACUGCUCCUACACCUCCUCCAGUGGUGCAACCAAUACUCUCGGCAGCACCACCUGCACCUCUUGUGGUGGCGUCCCUACCAAAUCCAACUUCCCAGCCACCACCACAACCAGAGCAAUGGGGUGCUUCCUCAGAGCCUAGAGAGGAGGCAAACCCACCAAAGCCACCUCAGGAUCCAGGAACCUGCAAGGCGGUGAUUUUUCAGUCUGUGAUCGAGGCAUGA